UGUAUAGUAGCCUCCCUGGGUGCAUAGCAGCUUCCCUGGGUGUAUAGCAGCCUCCCUGGGUGCAUAGCAGCUUCCCUGGGUGCAUAGCAGCCACCCUGGGUGCAUAGCAGCUACCCUGGUAACAUAGCAGCCUCCCUGGAAACAUAGCAGCCUCCCUGGGUGCAUAGCAGCCUCCCUGGGUGCAUAGCAGCCUCACUGAAAGCAUAGCAGCCUUCCUGGGUGCAUAGCAGCCUCCCUGGAAAUAUAGCAGCCUCCCUGGGUGCAUAGCAGCCUCCCUGGAAAUAUAGCAGCCUCCCUGGGUGCAUAGCAGCCUCCCUGGGUGCAUAGCAGCCUCCCUGGAAAUAUAGCAGCCUCCCUGGGUGCAUAGCAACAUCCCUGGGUGCAUAGCAGCCUCCCUGGGUGCCUAGCAGCCUCCCUGGAAAUAUAGCAGCCUCCCUGGGUGCAUAGCAACCUCACUGAAAGCAUAGCAGCCUCCCUGGGUGCAUAGCAGCCUCCUGGGUGCAUAGCAGCCUCCCUGGAAAUAUAGCAGCCUCCCUGGGUGUAUAGCAGCCUCCCUGGGUGCAUAGCAGCUUCCCUGGGUGUAUAGCAGCCUCCCUGGGUGCAUAGCAGCUUCCCUGGGUGCAUAGCAGCCACCCUGGGUGCAUAGCAGCUUCCCUGGAAACAUAGCAGCCUCCCUGGGUGCAUAGCAGCCUCCCUGGGUGCAUAGCAGCCUCACUGAAAGCAUAGCAGCCUCCCUGGGUGCAUAGCAGCCUCCCUGGAAAUAUAGCAGCCUCCCUGGGUGCAUAGCAACCUCCCUGGGUGCAUAGCAGCCUCCCUGGGUGCAUAGCAGCCUCCCUGGAAGCAUAGCAGACUCCCUGGGUGCAUAGCAGCCUCCCUGGGUGCAUAGCAGCCUAUCUGGGUGCAUAGCAGCCUCCCUGGGUGCAUAGCAGCCUCCCUGGGUGCAUGGCAGCCUCCCUGGGUGCAUAGCAGCCUCCCGGGGUGCAUAGCAGCCUCCCUGGGUGCAUAGCAGCCUCCCUGGGUGGGUGAAGAGGAGAGGAGCAGUGUUAGUAGAAGAUCCUUGUUCUCAGGACGAUAGCUCAGAGCGUCUUGAUUGGUAGGCUUAAAGAGGAUCCUUCUUCUGUGGUGGUCUCAUGGUGACAUUAUACCUGAAUCGGAUGCCUGUCUGUGUGGGUCUAGCUGGGGAGCUCCCUGACUACGGAGCCUUGCUGGGGCUCAGAUAGAGCUGGAGAGAAGGGAUAAUGCAUAUUCUUCCCCCUCUGGAGAGAGAAGAAGGCACCAUGAGCAACGUCACUGUCACCGACAACGCAGCCGAGCCCAUCAGCAGAACCAGUGCUCCAGCCACGCCCUACCCAUACCCCUACCCCAUCUCCUUCCAGGUGUCCCUGACCGGCUUCCUGAUGCUGGAGAUCGUGCUGGGCCUGAGCUCCAACCUCACUGUGCUGGCCCUGUACUGCAUGAAGUCCAACCUGAUCUCCUCGGUCUCCAACAUCGUCACCAUGAACCUUCACGUCCUGGAUGUUUUAGUGUGUGUCUGCUGCAUCCCACUGACCAUGGUGGUGUUGUUAUUGUCUCUGGAGGGGGAUACAGCCUUGGUUUGUUGCUUCCACGAGGCCUGUGUGUCGUUCGCUAGUGUCGGCACGGCAGCCAACGUGCUCGCCAUUACCCUGGACCGGUACGACAUCUCUGUGAAACCGGCGAAUAGAGUCCUAACGAUGGGCCGAGCCCUGGCUCUGCUGGCCACCAUUUGGGUGCUGUCGUUCCUCAGUUUCCUGGUGCCUUUCAUGGAGGUGGGGUUCUUCGCCCCAGGCCAGUCGGAGCUGAACCAGACUCUAGCGGAUGUAGUCACAGUGGCCCACACCAACCAAUACUACACAGAGUUAGGACUCUACUAUCACCUACUGGUCCAGAUCCCCAUCUUCUUCUUCACUGCUGUUGUGAUGCUCGUCACCUAUUCCAAGAUCCUCCAGGCGCUCAACAUCCGCAUUGGGACACGCUUUCACACAGCGUCACAGAAGAAGAAGGCCAGGAGGAAAAAAGGUCCCUCCAUGACGGCUAUGACGUCACAGGCCACGGACGGGGCCAUGGAGCCAUCCGAGCCCAGCGGCCGCGCUCUCCCCCCGAUGGGCAUGCGGACCUCCGUCUCCCUCAUCAUUGCGUUGAGACGAGCGGUUAAACGCCACCGGGAGCGACGAGAACGCCAGAAACGAGUCUUCAGGAUGUCGCUGCUCAUUGUGUCGACCUUCCUGCUCUGCUGGACUCCCAUAACCGCCCUCAACACGGUCAUCUUGACCGUAGGCCCCAGCGACUUCACGGUCAAGCUACGGUUGGGCUUCCUGGUCAUGGCAUACGGGACGACCAUCUUCCAUCCGCUUCUCUACGCCUUCACCAGGCAGAAGUUCCAGAAGGUUCUGAAGAGUAAGAUGAAGAAGAGGGUGGUGAGCAUCAUAGAGGCCGACCCGCUGCCCAACAACGCGGUCAUACGUAACUCCUGGAUUGACCCCAAAAGGAACAAGAAGGUCACCAUCAACGAGGACGCCGAGGCCAGGCAAAAAUGUCUGCAGUCUUCAGAGGAUGCUGUGGAAUGACAGUGAAUACUUAGCAACCUUGUCCAGAGGUCCGGAUCUCAGGGUUUUGUCUGCAGAGGAAAGUCUUGGGCGGGCCGCAUCAUUUUCUUUUCAGACCGCCUAUGUCCAAACGAAUAAUUUACGGGAUGUGAAAACGUUUUCAGUGUAAACUUAAAAUAGCUUUAACCAGAUAUAAAGUAUGUUGAAAAGAUAAUACACCUAUAUAUUCUUUAACUAAGAUUUUAUUUGACAACUAACAAACACCGAAAUAAAAGCUAGACAGUCAGGGAGAAUUUAAAGUUCCAAAAAAUGAUGCAUUCAGGAGAAUUUUUGUCAUGGCAUGAGGCCCCCAUUUAUUUGUUAUGACGUUCGAGUCACUCAGAUAGCAUAAACCAAGGCAGAAUGUGUAGAAUUGCAAGAAAUGAGAUUUUAUCUCUGUCAAAAUGCAUAAAAUGGCCAUGCCCCCCCACCACCAUGCCCCCCCCCCCACCAUGCCCAUCACCUAAAUCCCAUUUUGAUCCAGGAAAGAAAAACUGGAUCUCUUGGUGUAAUGGCUAAGGUGUUGGGUUGACAGUCGCUGGACCCAGGUUUAAGUCCCGGACAACGAGACCAGACAGAAAUGUCUUCAGAGGAUCCUGUGGAAUGAAUCCUAGAAUCUAGUCAUUCUAUAUCUGUUGAAUGAAUUCUAGUCAUUCUAUUUCUGUUGAAUGAAUGAACUACUUUAGUGCAAAACAACACAAUAAGGAACGUUGACAGUGUGCAAUAGAUCACCUGACGGGUGUCGAACGGAUGGUGGUGAUUCAACAUGUAGGAUUGUCGGAAAACUGAAAAGGAGGGCUGACGUUCUGUGGUCAGAGGAGAAAGGAAGGCCAAACGCUGCUUUCAGCCAUUCGUCGGCACGGUCUGUUUUGUCCUCGAGUGCAAUCUUUAAAACUCAAAGCAGAGGAGGCUGGUGGUGGGAGAAAUUGGAGGACAGGUUCAUUGUAAUGGCUGACGUUGAAAAAAAAUGGAAAGCUAUCAAACACAUCAAACAAAAUGACACCAGCCACCACUGACUCUAAGAAAGGACUAAUUAUUAGGUUUCAUCAGGUUGGGAUAAAAACAAGGGAAACACAUUCCACAACAGCAAUGUAAAUAUACAGGUAGCUGCCAAGAUAAAGGAAACCCCAACAUAAAGUGUCUUAAAAAUAGGCUGUUGGUCCACCACGAGCCAGAACAGCUUCAAUGCUCCUUGGCAUAGAUUCUACAGGUGUCUGAAACUCCAUUGGAAGGAUGCAACAGCAUUCUUCCACAAGAAAUUCCAUAGUUCGGUGUCUUGUUGACGGUGGUGGAAAAUGAGGCGCCGCUCCAGAAUGUUCAGUUGGGUUGAGAUCUGGGGACUGAAAUGAACACGAGCACGCACACAC